AUGAGUUCUCAUUCUCUCAGGGAAUUUGAGUUUCUAUUUGCGUUGCUCUCCAACGUUGUGCUCGUCUCUUCAACUUGCUAUAAUCCCGAUGGUACUGCUAAGACCAGCCCUGCUUAUCAGCCUUGCGUGCAAACAGUAGGAACGUUCUCGCAAUGUUGCGGUACAAAUUGGACUGCUACCAAUCCAAUAGUUGCAGAUGAUAAGUGCAUGCCCAAUGGACUUUGUCUGAACAACAACCCAAGUGACAACGAGCCCUUGUACUGGCGCGGAUCCUGCACAGAUCCGACCUGGAAAAGCCCGCUCUGUCUCUCGAAUCUGUGUACCAACUCCUCAAAUGGCGGAGAUGCAUCCGACAACGUUCCAUUAAUACAAUGCUCAGACGGAAGUUGGUGUUGCGGCAGCACCAACACAGCAUGUUGCAGUAAAGGGCUGGGCGUGAAACUUGAUGCUAUAAUUGGGGUCGCGAAUCAGUCGACUUCAACUUCCUCCACCUCGAGCUCUACUUCGACUUCAACUUCGACAGCCACGGGCUUGGUAAUUUCGGCGACUCCCAAAGGCACACAAUCUGGGCUGAGUACAGGGGCUAAGGCGGGAAUCGGCGUUGCCGCAGCUGUGAUUGCUAUUAUUGCUCUAGCAGGGCUGACGCGGUUCAUCUUGAGGAAGAAGAGGCGGCAGGCUGCGGUUAGAGGACCUGCAGAUGUGACAAGUGGAGGGCUUAUCAAAGGGAACCCUCAUGAACUUGGUGGGGAAACUGCGUAUGCAGAGAUGGGAUCGAACAAACCGGAGCCUUACCAGCACGAAGUUGCAGGAUAUAUGCCGGUUCCUGUACAUGAAUUAGCUUCCAGCAGAUAUCAUGAAUGAAUUUCUGUGGCACAGAAGCUCCACCCCG